GAAAGAUCAUACACACGGACACACACUUGCUGAGCCGGCCUGUGAAUAGACUCUACUGUUUUCUCCUCUCUGGUUACUUUCAGAAAAUCACUGGUUAAUACCAAAAUGUUAAAUCUUCUCAAAAAUCCAAAUGGAGAUGAGGGGUUGGAUUACUGGCAGUUGACGGAAAAUGGUGGAUUCGGAUGGCAAGUAGAGGAAAUGCCCAGAGAAGGUGAACAUGCCUUCAACAACAGCGCUGUAACCAAGUACUUCAGCACCUCGUAUGAACUGAAUCUUAAGAAACAAGUGAUUGAUCUGGUGGCAGAAGGCUACAAUCCUGACGACUUGGACAAUCAGCCUGCUGUCACAAUUGAGGACUGGUUCUGUUGCCGAACAGAUUGUGGCUGUAUGUACCAAAUAGCCGUCUCUCUUUUGGAUGCAAACAGCCAGCCUCUGCAGGAGUACAAGCCCGACGUGGUGAUUCUCGACCCGGAUAGUGACGGCUGCUCGUGGAGAAAGGUGACCAACACUUUUACUGGAUACGGCCCAGGCUUGCGCUACAUCUCUUUUGAGCAUGGUGGAAAUGACAUUAAAUACUGGGAAGGCUGGUUUGGGGCAAGAGUAACUGGGAGUUCCGUCACUAUAAACCUCUGAAAGAAGUCCAUGUUAGAGAGAGGGACACAUGGAGAGUCAGUCAGUCUCUAUUUUUUCUUAUGUGAUCCUGUAACCCUAGAAAUUUCCAACCUGAAAUUAUAUAUAUCGUAUAUUAUCUUUUAAAAAAGGUAGAAAAUCAACCAUGCAAAAUGAGGUGUUAUGCAAACAAUACACUUGUUAUCAACAAAAAUAUUUUUUUUUACAUUGCUUUUAGUGUCUAAGAACUUUAUUGUUGUCUAUUACCAUCUAUGGUAACACAGAAGAAAUCCUUUUCUCAUUAAUUAAUAUGGUUAAACCAAGGAGCACUUAACUUAAAUGGGAAACAAGCUAUUGAGCUGCAUAAAAAGGCAUUUAUUCAAUAUAUUAUCAGUAGGCACUAUCACUAUCCUUCCCAGAAAAGUAUGAAAUUGUUGAAAAUUUUUGCCAGGAAGUUGACACAUCUGCAUUUUGCAGUUAGGAGGAUGUUGAGAGGCAAAGAAAAACCCAGAGAUCACCUCUUUAGAAGUGCAAAGUUUCACCUUUUGAUAAUCAACAGUUAACAGAAUGAUUUUUGACAAUUUCCAUGAAUUGACAAAUAAAUGGAACCACCACAAAUUGCACCACCACAAAAUAAAAAAUCAAGCCUCCAGAAAUUUGCUAAUCCUGUAGUCUCAGUUGAAGAGUUUACAAGAGACAUGCUAGAAUCUCAAUGUAGGUGGAAAUGUUCUACAAAGAAGAUUGGUCAAACUUCCUCCAAAACUCUUCUCCAACCUGCUAUAAAUCUCACUAAGGUAGACUCCACCAAUUACUGAAACCUGGGCUGCCAUUUAAAAGAGAUACAUUGUUAUAAAAAGUCACUUGCUGAAUGAAUUGAGCCCAAAAUAUCUCUUAUUGCUUGUGUUUCAUGAAGCGUGACAAUAAUUCUGUAGCUGACUAUAUCUAAUAUUAAAUAAGGGCAUUGUUAAUCCUUAAAAACUCUUUUAUUCAGUAGGGCUGAGUUCAAAAGUGUUCACACCCUUAGGAAAAGAAAAAUUUACUUUGAUCAAUAAAAUGUCUGGUGCUUGAGAUGUU